AUGAACGAAAAGAAUGUGCAGGCUGAAAAGAAGGGCGACGAAGAGAACAAGCCCGACAACGACCAGGACGACGACAACGAUGCCGAUCCCAUGAAGCAGUUGGAGGAGGAACUCGAAAAGCAGGAACUCGACAUCUUCGGUGUGGACUGCGUCGAUGAUAUCGGUACUGGCGAGCCUCUAUUCUGCAGCUUCGCGAUUGAGGACUGGGCCCUGAUGACGCUGAGGUUCGAGCUGCACCUCCUGGUGCACGCUUUCAGAAAGGACGUGAACGACCCAGACAGAGGCGGCAUCACCAUUGAGAACUUGGCAUUCUAUUACCAGAAGUAUUACAACAAGCCGUUCAACUGGAAGAACUACGGCGUCGACACGUUGGAGGAACUCCUGGGCAUGAUCAGGGAUACCGUCGUCCUCUGCCACAAGGCGCUUGAGUCCCAGAUCAUGGACGAUCUCGAGACCAAUGACGUGUUCGUGAAGCUCGUAGAAGAAAGCCGACGAGAACGGCAGAGGAGGAUUGACGGAGGGGACGAUGCGGCGAAGCUCAAGCUCUCGGCGACCAUCACGGCCGCCACUAUUGGCCUCCUUCCCCCUCCCACGGUCGCGAUCACGCCCGCCGCGCCCAUCGGCUUCGGCGGCCCCCCAGGCGCCCCUGCCCAAGGCGCCGCGCAGCAGUUCCAGAGCCCCGCGAUGCUGCCCGGCGGCCCUCCCAUGCCCAACGCGGUCGUGGCGGCACCGAGAUUCCCGAUGCAGAUACCGCAGCAGCCAGGCGACUCGUUCACUCUCGCACGACCGCGACAAGAACAGCAAUGGGGCGACAAGGGCGGCUCUUCCUUCGGCGACAAGGGCGGCUACAAAGGCACGCCGACAUUUGGCGAAAAGGGUGUUCCGUCUUUUGGCGCGAAGGGCGGAUCUUUCAAUGACAAAGGGGGGCCGUCGUUUGGCGACAAAGGCGGGACUUCGUUCAGCGACAAGGGAGGACCCUCGUAUGGAGGAAAGGGUGGACCUUGUUUUAGCGGCGUGGGUGGUGGCAUGGGGGGUGGCAUGUGCGGCGGAGGUGGGUCUGGCAUGGCUGGCGGCGUUGGCGGCGGCAUGCCCAGCGGCAUGCCCGGCGGCGGCAUGCCCGGCGGCGGCAUGCCUGGCGGCGGCAUGCCUGGCAGCGGCAUGUCUGGCGGCGGCAUGCCAGGAGGCGGCAUGCCCAGCGGCGGAAUGCCCAGCGGCGGCAUGCCCGGCGGCGGCAUGCCCGGCGGCGGCAUGCCCGGCGGCGGCAUGCCUGGCGGCGGCAUGCCCGGCGGCGGCAUGCCCGGCGGCGGCAUGCCCGGCGGCGGCAUGCCUGGCUGCGGUAUGCCUGGCGGCGGCAUGGUUGGAGGCAUGUGUGGUGGUAUGUGCGGCAUGGGCGGAGGGAUGGGCGGCAACAUGAGCGGCUGCAUGGGCGGCAAUAUGAGCGGCGGAAUGGGCGGCAGCAUGGGGGGUAAAAUGGGAGGCGGCAUGCCAUGCGGAGGUGUGGGUGGAAAAAUGGGAGGUGGCAUGUGCGCUGGCAUGGGAGGUGGCAUGGGCAACGGCAUGGGUGGUCCCAUGAGCAACAGCGGCGUCGCGGGCGGCAGCAUGGGUAGUGGCAUGGCUGGCGGCAUGGCCGGCGGCGGCAUGGUUUGUGGCGGCGGCAUGGCUGGCGUCCCGAUGGGUUGCCCCGCGUUGCCCAGCGGAGGCAUGAGUGUUGGAGGCAUGGGUAAUGGCAGCAUGGGCGUUAACGGCGGUGGCAUGUGCGGUGGCAUGGGAGGAGGCAUGGGCGGUUGUGGCAUGGGUGGAUGUGGCAUGGGCGCUUGCGGCGCAGGCGGCUGUGGUAUGGUCGGAGGCGGCAUGCCCGCUUUUUGCGACUUCAGUGGCAAGGGCGCCUCCAACGUGCCGCGGCCGACACCGAUGACAUCGCCUGGGCCAGGACAGACUGACUACGGAAAGAGCGGCAAAGGCGAUGGAUUCGGCGUGGGCGGCAUGGGCUGCGGCUUCGGCGGCGGCAAGGGGGCGGGGCCCUACGGCGGUGGGGGGGGAGGAGGCUGGGGCGGCGGAGGCGGCGGAGGCGGGGGGUCGUGGGGCGGCGGCAAGUGA